AUGGCCCGCUCAAUCGACCUCUUCACCGAAUACCCUCUAAUCAUCGACCCAUCCUCCAAAGCAAUCUCCCUCUCCAGCAACGCAAGCGGAUACACCCCCUCCCAAACCAGCUCGCUGAACGCCGAACUCGCCGCCCUAAACCUCCUGCACCGGAGCCUACUCACCCUCGACGCGCCAACCAUCCCCCCACCGCCCAUCCCACUCAACCCCAAGCGCAGCGCCCAGAUCACCAAGCUCCGCGACAGCGCCAACACGGCGUUCCGCAAGAACAACAUUCCCGAGGCGAUCAAGUUGUACUCGCUCUCGAUUGACAUGGCGCAGAGCCGGCCUGGGUGGGAGCCUGUUGCUGUAGCGAGGGAGGAGUUGGCGGCGCUGUAUUCGAACCGGGCGCAGGCGUUCAUGGCGCAGCAGGAUUGGGUUGAGGGGUUGGUGGAUGCGAAGGCUAGUGUUGAGGCGAAGCCGAUGGGGAAUGUGAAGGCUUGGUGGCGCGGGGGGAAGUGCUUGGUUGAGAUGGCGAGGUGGGAGGAGGCGAGGACGCUUGUUCAUCGUGGGGUUGAGAUUGAGGGGAAGGCGAGCGAGGGGGGGAAGGAGUUGUUGGCGUUGCUGGAGGAGGUGGAGCAGGGGGCUAAGAGGAGUGAGCAGUAG